UAUAAUACUGUUUGAGGAUUUACUCUCAAAUUUUAGACCAGGCCGAUGUUUUCCUGCUCAGUUUGGUGAACAUGUUUGUGUUUCGAGUGCUGUAUAUUUUGGUGACAUUUAACUACUGGACUGUUUCUUUGUCCCAGUGUUGUAGUCACACAUCCUUUAUUUACUGUAAGUGAAGUAAACCUGUUCUCCCAGUCCCUGGUGACCUAUAAUGCUGGUUCUCGUCUACAGUGACCACAUAACGUUGUGGGCGUCCUUACAGAGACAAGCUCAGCUAAGGUGGAAUAUAUAUAUUCCACUUUUUGCAACUAUUGCCAACUGCUGUCCAACAGAUUAAACGGAUCCCUCCAUGGCGCUGCGUCCUCGUGCUUCAUCCCACCCCUUGAAACUUUCCUUCUUCCAGACUCCUAAGUUGACUUCAGUCCUUCGACCCCGGGCAAUUUCGUCACGCUCCAUGCUGGAAGAGGACCUGUCGUGUCCUGUCUGCUGCGAGAUCUUUAAGGACCCUGUGGUGCUCAAGUGCAGCCACAGCUUCUGCCGCACCUGUCUGCAGCAGUUUUGGAACAAAAAAAAGGCUAGACGGGAGUGUCCAACCUGCAGGAGGAAGUGUUCCUUCACAGAGCCCACAGUCAGCUUGGCCCUGAAGAAUGUGGCUGACACCUUCCUGAGAGAACAGGAUCAAAACACAUUCACAGGUGGGAUGGGGGCCCAACUGCAGGAUUUGGACGUGAAGUGCUCCACACAUGGGGAAGUUCUGAAACUCUUCUGUCUGGAUGACUCAGAAGUCCUUUGUUGUGUGUGUCACACCUCCAAAAAGCACCUUGGCCACCGAGUGUGUCCUUUGGAAGAGGGAGCUCAGGACCUCAAGGCAGAGCUGAAGAAAGAACUGAUUCCACUGAAGAAAACCUUGCGUUGCCUGUAUGAAGCCAAACAGGAGUGUGAUGACACAACUGUGUACAUGAAGAACCAGACUCAAGCUACAGAAAAGCAGAUCACAGAGGAGUUUGAACAGCUUCGGGAGUUCCUCCAGAAGGAGGAGACUGCUCGUCUUGCUGCUCUGCGUGAGGAGGAGGAGGAGAAGCUGGAGCGAGUAAAGAAGAAGUCAGACAGCAUCACGAGGGAUAUCCUCAACUUCUCUCAUGCUGUUAUUGCCAUUGAGAAUGAGAUUGCGUCCAGUGAUGCUCUCUUCCUUCAGAAUUAUGCCAACACAAAGAAGAGAGCACAAAUCACUCAUAAGGAGCCAGAAAACUUGCCAGGAGUUCUGAUAAAUAUAGCCAAGCAUGUCAGCUCACUCAAGUACCAUGUUUGGGAGAAGAUGGUAGACCUUGUCCAGUACACACCAAUCACCCUGGACCCCAACACUGCUUACUCCUGGUUGUCCCUUUCCAAAGAUCUGACCAGUGUGACCAACAGUGGAUCCCUGAAGCAGCUCCCAGAAAAUCCUGAACGUUUUGGCCACUUUGUGUUUGUGUUGGGCUCAGAGGGCUUCACUUCAGGAAGUCAUGCGUGGGAGGUGGAGGUGGGACAGAAGGUGGACUGGAUGCUUGGGGUUGUCAAGGAGUCCAUUGAUAGGAAAGGUCGUAUCUCAGGGUGCCCGGAGGGUGGUUUUUGGAUGAUUUCAUAUUAUGAGGGCGAGUACUCAGCCAUGACGAGGCCCAACACCUCACUGACCCUGGAAGGAGAGCUGACACGAGUAAGAGUACAGUUGGACUACGAGUCCGGAGAGGUGAUCUUCUCCAACCCUAUCACCAUGACAGCAAUAUACACCUUUACGGACUUCUUCACUGAGAAGCUGUAUCCCUUCUUCUGUCCUGGAGCCAACAUUAAUGGGAAUAACCCCAGUCCGCUUAAGAUCUGCCCAGCCAAAGUGGCUGUGUGGAACAGCACCACCUGGUGAUUCAGAAAUGUCAAAGUGCAACAAGUUGGCAGUGUGUUUGCAGAAUAAGCAACUAAUCAGAAUAAUAUGUUUAUUUCUCUUGGAUUAAUUUACUGAAUGUGUGUAUGAAAUCAAAGUCUUCAUGCUCCAUUCUGCUUCUUGCUCACGAAGUCCACCACAGAGGCAAGCCACAACCCAGCUGAGAAACUGACUCACCCUGGUGGUGGGAAGCAUUUCACAUGCAGACUGUCGCUAAAGAUCACUUCCAUCAUAGCCUAUCAGUUUCACAUUGGUGACCCACAUACUGACACGACUUAACCAACCUGACAGUUUGAAAGACCGUUUGGAGGGAGAAACGUUAUGUUUUCAAGCACUACAUUCCACCUCUCUGUGCAGAUUUCUGUUUUCAUGAUGCCGCAUAUCAGGUGCUUAAUUUUGGUGUCAUUAUUUACAAGAUUCAAAUUUCUUCCAGUUCAAAUACAACACUGUAUCAGAAACAUUACCAUGGUAAUGACCAAAUACAUAUACAAAAUUCAUAUUCAUCCACCUAUCAGAUCUGACUAAUCAGUGAGGUCAGAGAGCAGAUUUAGGUUUUAAGAUACUCGAGGACCCCAAGUUUCUGUUUUCUUCCUGGAACACUUUUUCUAACAAUGACCAGAAAUGUGUUUUGACCUCUAACCCCAACAAAAUGGUCACUUGCUGUAAUGUGUUAACCACUGAAGCAAGAGAGAAGAUUGUGGGCUUGAGUGAUUCAGAGACACAAAGAUUUUGUUUUAUCCAAUGAAUAUUUCUUCGUGAAAAUUACAGGAAAAUUCUGUUUUUACGUUUGAACCCAAUGAAAUGUCUGUCUUUUGUCUAUAUGUAGUUAAAGGUUGACCAAAUUGAUCAUUUGCCAAGAUAAAGCUAACUAAAUCUAGUUCAUGGCAAUCCCUCUGUGGUCAGGAAAAUCGUCUCUUGAUGGAUUCCCGGAUGGGAUGGUGGAUGUGGAGAAAAUCUUCCGCCUGAUCUUCCAUUGAGGACUUCUUGUUUCACCAGAGCUACGCUAGCCUUCUCAUGUUCAGGGUUCCUGUUGGGCCUUCACGGUUACCGUAGCGGUCACAGGGCACACAAUUUCCCCACCGUGUUUCACCCCAACAGGCAAUCACCUACUUGAUCCUUUACCCACAUGUCACGACGCGGGGUAGGAGUUGGAUUUUGACACCCUGACUGGAUAUAAAGAACCAAAUACUUAUGGACCUAUUUAGAUUUUUUUUAACCUCUGUGCAUCACCUCAGUGGAGUUGCAAAAUGAUUGUGUAGAUUUUCAGAUUCACUGCAAAAACUGUGCCUCUCAAAAUAAGGCAGAUACUCCGAUAUCUAGGCAAAUUGUCCUGUAUUAAGAAAAAAAAAAAAAAAUUCUGCCAAUGGGGUAAGAAAAAAUUGGAUAGAAUUCUCAAAACUAG